AUGUCCUCGUCGUCCUCAAAUGCGCCGGCGGCUCUGAACGGCGGCAGCUACGUGAUGCUUGUUUGCCGUUCUCUGAGUGAACAUUCUGUCGCCAAUAUCCAUGGCCGGAGGCCCGGAGCUGGGCCUGCUGGAACUGGCAAGAUCCGGGUCAAGUUUCUAGUGGACAACGAGAAGAAAAAGGUGGUGUUCGCAGAGUCCGGCAAGGACUUCGUCGACGUGCUCUUCAGCUUCCUCACUCUGCCGCUAGGCACCAUUGUUCGGCUGCUCGGCAAGGAUUCAUCUCUAGGAUGCUUCGAUGAGUUGUACAAGAGCGUGGAGAGACUUGAUGCGAGCCAUUUCCAGACCAAGGCCUGCAAGAACAUGCUGCUCAGGCCCCUCAACGCUGCCGGGAAGUUGUGCGAGAAUCUUGUUGUCAGGAUUGACGACACGAAUCACAGGCCUUAUAAUUUCUUGCUCCUUUUACGUAAUUUGGGAAUUGACGACGUAACCAUGCUUGAAGAGAAGACAUUAGAACUUGGCUUGGAGGAGAUCAAAAACUUGCUUAAGCAAAUCCUGACGUCUGAUCAACCCCUGACUGAUCUAUUGUUCAAUCCAACUCAUGAAUCCACAAGGACAGUUGGGCCAAUAUCUAUGGAUGUCAAUGUUAGUUCUGAGGAUGAUUCAAGUUCAGAUUCUAAUGUCAUUAAAGUGAAGCUUCUCGUGGCAAAAAUAAAUCAGUCCAUAGUACAUGCCGAGGUGGGUGAAGAAUUUUGCAAUCUUCUGUUCAGUUUCCUGACCUUACCACUCGGCCGUGUGAUCAAGCUCCUUGGAGGUUCUUCUUCCAUCUCAUGCAUUGAUAAUCUCUACAAAACUGUUGACCUGAACCUGAAUGAUUGCAUAAGUUCAUAUGAAAGUCAAUACAUGGUCGUCUGCCCCUGGUUGCCCGCCUUCUUCAGUUGUAGCAAUUCCUUGCUCCCAAGUUAUGAGGUGGCGCCAGCUGUAUCUUCUGUCGCUUGCUGCUCUCCUUGCAUUAGAAACUUCAGUCAUUUGGUGCUUAAAGAAAUUAAAUGCUCCCACGGCAACACGAAAAUGUUGGCAGUGAAUCCCAAGGUGCCAACCAUGACAACAGAGACGGGUGGUGGCUAUGCAAAAGGACCAGGCAAGUUCUUGGUGACCAACGAGCUUGGCGUGGUUCCAUUCUCGCUAAUGAACGCCUUGCACGAACUGAAGGGCAAGGAACUUUCCAUAUCAAAGCUUGAGACAAAAGAGUUCACAUUCACACAAGUGGAGGCACUCAACCUGUUGAGGGCUGCAUUGCUCUCUCGUGAUGCGCUGACCCUCGCCUACUUGGCAACCAAUAAACCAAAGAGACGGCCUCGUCACCACUACUAG